AUGAGUUCUGCCGUCUGCUCGCCGGCCGCUGACAGCGCUUUCGGGCCUGCGGUCGAAGGUUGUCGACAAGGCUUUGAUUUUACUUAUGCCUUCGAGUCCUAUUUUUUCUCCAUUGUGCCUUCUGUAUUGUUGCUUUGUUUUGCUCCAUUGAGAUUCAGGACUCUUAGUCGUGUGCGGCCUAAGGUCAAAGGCAAUGCGUUCAAAUAUGUUAAAUUGUCGGUCAUUGCAGUACUUGCUGUUUUUCAGUUGGCAUUGAUUGGCCUCUUCGCGGAUAAUACACACCUGCAGGCAUGGAAACCAUCAAUGGCAGCCUCGGUGCUCUCUUUCGGGUCCAGUAUUGCUCUUCUCACCUUGUCGUACAUGGAACAUUCGAGGUCCCUUCGGCCAUCCAUGUUACUCAAUGCCUACCUCUUCGCUACCGUCAUACUUGAUGCUGCCACACUCCGAACGCUGUGGUUGAUGCCACAUUUCUCUGAUCGCAUUCGCAACAUCUUCACGGUUGCGUUUGCUAUCAAAGCUGUGGUGCUUUUGCUAGAGGCUAGGGGUAAAAGAGCAUAUUACAGUGCAGAGAGGAAUAUGAGUCCGGAAGACUUUAGCGGUAUCUACGGUCAAGCACUUUUAUCGUGGUUGAACCGUCUAAUUUGGCAGGGCGCUCGUCAUUUGUUGAAGCCAGAGGAUUUGUAUGCCGUCAGUGACGAUGUUGCAUCCGAAACACUCAGUCUCCGGUUCUCACAAGAAUGGGACAAACAAUUGAGAAGCGGACCCCCGAACUUGAAAAAGGUUCUCUUUUCCUUGCUCAGGUGGCCGAUACUUGUGCCUAUUGUUCCUAGACUGGGACUCUUGGCUCUCACCUUCUGUCAGCCACUGCUCCUAAGGAGGCUACUCGAUUAUCUUAAGCAUUCGGACGUGGAAGAUAAGAACAUUGGAUAUGGACUGAUCGGUGCUUAUUUCGUUGUAUACGUCGGUCUGGCAACCACAUCUGCUCUCUACUGGCACAGACAUUACAGAUUCUUAAGCAUGCUUCGUGGAACGCUCAUAACAGCAGUCUAUGCAAAAGCUACCAACAUCGUCGCUAUGGCAAAAGACAACAAAGCUUCGAUUACUCUGAUGAGCACUGAUGUUGAGCGUGCUACUCGCGGUCUCAUCGAUUUGCACGAGAUGUGGGCAAACAUCGUCCAGGUUGCUAUCGCCACAUGGCUGCUUGAGAUUGAGCUUGGUGCUGCGUGUGUGGGUCCUGUCAUUAUCGCUCUGAUCGCAGUAGGUACUACUAUAUGGUUCUCUGGCUACACUGCUUCGUUCCAGCUCUUGUGGAUUGCCAAAGUUCAAGAGAGGAUUGGCAUCACUACCUCAAUUCUCGGCUCCAUGAAAGCUAUCAAGCUUUCUGGGUUGACCUCGAGGGUUGGGAGUCUUCUGCGUGGAUCUCGUGUCCACGAACUUGACGCUGCCUCGCGCUUUCGCACCCUUUCCGCCAUCUCAGCUGCUAUAGGAAACGUGCCUCAGCUUAUGGCCCCUGUCCUGACCUUUGCAAUCUACGUCGGUUUUUCGUUCAAGGACCACACUGCAAUCGAUACAACCAAGUUGUUCACAUCACUGGCUCUCAUUCUUCUUGCAUCUGAGCCUCUGUUCAUGCUGAUCAAUGGUCUUAUCGAAUUUCGUUCGGCAAUUGGCUGCUUUGCGCGUCUGGAAACUUUCUUACAGUCUUCAGCACGAUGUGACACCCGAACCAUCGUAUCCUCUCAGCCGAAUCCCGACAACGCUGUGUCUAUCCAAAAUGCUUCCUUCGGCUGGAAAGAUGGUGAUCAAUUGACCAUAAAGCAUGUCAGCUUGAGGGUACCUCUUUCCAGUUUGGUCAUGAUCACUGGCCCUGUCGCUUGUGGCAAGACUACAUUGCUGAAGGGAAUACUUGGUGAAACACCUGUGACAGAAGGAAGAGUUGAGCUUUCGAGCUCUAGUAUUGCGUGGUGCGAGCAAUCUCCUUGGCUGAUGAACGCAUCUAUUCAACGCAACAUUACGACUUUCUCUGAGUUUAACCCGGAACUCUACUCAUCGGUCAUCCACGCCUGUGAUUUGGAUAGCGAUCUAGAAGCAUUGCAGAAAGGCGAUGCAACCAUGAUCGGCAGUAAAGGCUUCGCGUUGAGUGGCGGGCAGAAACAACGCAUCGCACUGGCUCGUGCUGUCUACUCGAGAUGUCCUAUCAUUGUUCUCGACGACGUCUUCAGCCAACUAGAUUUGAGCACCAAGACCAUUAUCUUUGAACGUCUCUUGGGACAACGAGGUCUCCUGCGAAGACGGAAGACAACAGUAAUCAUGACGAUUGGUGCAAUCAAGUUCUUACCCAAGGCGGACCACAUUGUCGUUCUUUCUUCAGACGGCAUAAUCGAAGGACAGGGCACCUUCCAGGAACUGUGUGCUGCGGGGAACGACGCAACCAAGUACAUCACCUCGAUGGCAGCUAAUUCAGCAGAGAAUACAACACCAGAUCCUGCACGAGUUAGAAAGCCUGCAAGCACGGGUAAGACACAUGUCGCUGUGACCGAAAGCAAGGUGGACGACAAGGUCCUGGAAGCAGCUCGUCAAAGAGGUGACUUUGGCAUCUACAAGUAUUACUUUGCGUGCAUCAGUUGGACAGUGGGAGCAAUCUUCCUCCUAUUACAGCUCGCAUAUGCCUUCUUCUGCACAUUUCCUACGGUCUGGCUCAAAUGGUGGGCAGAUGCGGAUACGCAAGAGUCUCACUCAAGAUACGGCUACUAUAUUGGCGUUUACACGGCGCUUCAGAUCAUGGCUUUAGCACUUUCUGCAGCUGUCACUUGGUGGUCGUUCAAUGUGAUGGCCGUGAAGACAGGUAUUCAGCUUCAUAAUACUCUUGCUAAGACUGUCAUGUCUGCUCCACUAUCAUUCUUCAGUAAAGUCGACAGCGGGACUAUCUUGACGAGCAGAUUCAGCCAAGACAUACAAUUGCUCGACAUAUCGUUGCCUCUGGCUGUCAUGGUGGUUACAACCACGACUCUUACUUGUAUCGCCCAAGUAGGACUGAUUGCUUCAGCUUCCGCCUGGAUAGCUAUCAGUAUUCCAGCACUGGGUCUCGUCUUCUACCUUAUCCAAGGAGUCUACCUGAGAACUUCCAGACAGAUGAGACAUCUCGACCUUGAGGAAAAGGCUCCAGUGUACACACAAUUCAUGGAGACUCUCGAUGGGCUGGUAACCAUCCGCGCAUUCAACUGGAGCAGACCAUCCAUCGAACACAACUUCGAGAUCGUAGACCGUUCUCAAAAACCAAACUAUCUGGUUUGGGCACUAAAGAACUGGCUAGGACUUGUACUUGAGUUGGUCAUAACUGGUAUCGCAGUCUUGACUGUAGGUAUUGUUGUCGGCCUGCGAGGUAGCUCUUCGCCUGGUUUCACAGGUGUUGCACUUACACAGAUCAUCUCGUUCACGACUAACCUCAAGUACUUGAUCAUGUUCUGGACGCAACUUGAGAGUUCUCUUGGUGCAGUGGCUAGAAUCAGGCAGUUCGAGAAGGAGACGGUUGCUGAGGACCUAGAAAGCGAGACCCACGAUCCUCCUUUUGAUUGGCCGACUCGAGGCUCGAUUGAAAUUAGCCAUCUGUCAGCGAAGUACAAAUCUGAUAGCGAGAGAAUGACGCUUGACAACAUUUCCAUCUCUAUUCCAGCAGGCUCAAAAGUCGGCUUCUGUGGCCGGACAGGAAGCGGCAAAAGCUCUCUCCUUUUGACGCUCUUCAAUCUUCUAACACCAGAGUCGGGAAACAUCACCAUCGACGGUCUUGAUCUAUCGACCAUCCAUCGGGAAACACUACGCGCCCGCCUGAUUUGCGUUGCAGAGGAGCCAUUCCUGUUUCCAGAAAGCGUUAGAGAGAACCUUGCACUCGACUCCACGACCAUGGAGGACCAUAACAUGGUCCACGUGCUGCAACAGACGGGGCUUUGGGAAGCUAUCGAUGCAAAAGGAGGACUCGAUGCCAAGAUGGAAGAUGUACAUCUGAGUCAAGGAUCCAAACAACUCUUUAACAUUGCCAGAGCUUUGCUAAGAAAAGAUCAAGGCAAGGUGUUGGUGAUGGAUGAAGCCACUAGCAGUAUUGACACCGAAACGGACAUCAACAUCCAAUCUCUCAUUAUGAAGGAGUUCUCUGAACACACUAUCAUUUCGGUGGCUCAUAAGUUAGAUACCAUUGCUGGGUUUGAUUUUGUAGGUGUUAUGGAUGCAGGCAGACUGGUCGAGUAUGGCAAUCCUAAGGUCUUGUUGCAGCAACAAGGACCUAGGUUCAGGGAGUUGUGGGAUGAACGCUAG